CCGAGGCGCCGGCGACGGGGCGGGGUCGCUGCGGGCUAGGCUGAGCGAGCUGAGGCCGGCAGCCGGCCGGGAGGGCGGUUCGGGCUGCCGCACGCAUUUCGGCCUGGCCAUGGCAGCGGCGCCGCUGAAAGUGUGCAUCGUGGGCUCCGGGAACUGGGGCUCAGCUGUUGCAAAAAUAAUUGGUAAUAAUGUCAAGAAACUGCAGAAAUUUGCCUCCACAGUCAAGAUGUGGGUCUUUGAAGAAACAGUCAAUGGGCGAAAAUUGACAGACAUCAUAAAUAAUGACCAUGAGAAUGUAAAAUAUCUCCCUGGACACAAGCUGCCAGAGAAUGUGGUUGCCAUCUCUAACCUCAGCGAGGCGGUGCAGGAUGCAGACCUGCUGGUGUUCGUCAUCCCCCACCAGUUCAUUCACCGGAUCUGUGAUGAGAUCACCGGCAGGGUACCCAAGAAGGCGCUGGGAAUCACCCUCAUCAAGGGCAUCGAUGAGGGCCCGGAGGGGCUGAAACUCAUUUCUGACAUCAUCCGUGAGAAGAUGGGCAUCGACAUCAGUGUGCUGAUGGGCGCCAACAUUGCCAGCGAGGUGGCUGCAGACAAGUUCUGUGAGACUACCAUUGGCAGCAAAGUCAUGGAGAAUGGCCUUCUCUUCAAAGAACUUCUGCAGACUCCCAAUUUUCGAAUUACUGUGGUUGAUGACGCAGACACCGUGGAGCUUUGUGGUGCUCUGAAGAACAUCGUUGCUGUGGGAGCCGGCUUCUGUGAUGGCCUCCGCUGCGGAGACAACACCAAAGCUGCCGUCAUCCGCCUGGGCCUCAUGGAAAUGAUCUCUUUUGCCAAGAUCUUCUGCAAGGGCCAGGUGUCCACAGCCACCUUCCUGGAGAGCUGCGGGGUGGCUGACCUGAUCACCACCUGCUAUGGAGGGCGGAACCGCAGGGUGGCCGAGGCAUUCGCCAGGACAGGGAAGACUAUUGAAGAAUUGGAGAAGGAGAUGCUGAAUGGGCAGAAGCUCCAAGGACCUCAGACUUCUGCAGAAGUGUACCGCAUCCUCAAGCAGAAGGGACUCACGGACAAGUUUCCUCUGUUCACUGCAGUGUAUCAGAUCUGCUACGAAGGCAGACCCGUCUCGGAGAUGCUGUCCUGUCUCCAGAGCCAUCCAGAGCACACCUAAAGUGAACCACGUGCCGGGCUGGGGACCGUUCUGCCUCUCCCAUGGGAAUUUUGGAUUCAUAUGGAAACCAAGACUUAGCAACAAGAUGUUUGCUUGACUAUUCUCCCAUCAUGGAUAUCUAUGAAUUAUU